AUGGAACUUGAUCUAUCAGAUAUAGAAUCUGUUGAACAGAUCAAAAGCUCUACAUCAUCAUGUAUCUUUCGCACGCGCUGGCGCAACAGAGACUGUAUUUUGAAAGUGUACCACAGUGUCGAAGCAUCUCAGACCGUUCCAAUAGAUCGCGAAGUAGAUAUCCAUAGGUGCGAAAGUCAAGCCCAUCUACGACUAAAGGCUAAUGGUCUUUGCCGAAAGGGGCCUAUUCCGGAUUUUUAUGGCCUGAUCACAGGCAUCAGCCCAGAGAAAUGGCUGUCAUACCUCAAUGAGUUUCUCGAUGACAAUCUACUUCCCAACGCUUUUCUGAUUGAAUAUAUACCGACUCUUCGGGUCAACAAACUGCAUAAAAUCCUCGCAGAGAUACAUCAAGCCGGUGUGUAUCAUGCAGAUCCAUAUCCGCGGAAUAUGAUGGUUCAGGAAGGGUCAGACAGAGUGCUCUGGCUCAAUUUCGAUCGGGCACAGCCAUUCUCUUACGACUCAAUCACAGCUCGUCAGCAGCAUUGGCUUGAAGGGGAAAGACGAAUUGAUGGGUUAGUUCCAGAUAUUGAGGAAGGCAAGAUUCAUCGCACGUAG